AGUGUGAUCAUGUUUUUCAUUUUACUCAUGAUCACUGUUCAGUGUUUAUUACUUUCUCGGGAUGUGCUGCCAAUUCUCUCACAGUAAUCUGAUUACUGUAGCGGCGGUGCGCUUCGGUGUCUCCAUAAAAGUUGGUGCGCGCAGAGCAGAGCUGUCAGACUGCGAAGAGUCGCUGCAGAGCUUCUACCUCCACUGAGGCUAAAUGCAGAGACACGGAUACGUCACUGUUUGAUUUUUUUUGUUCAUGUUUUUAUUUCUUUCAUUUUCUGGAACCUGCUGGGUGUUGAUCACUCCUCCACCGUCUCCACAGGACGCAAAUAAGGCAGCUCCUGCGUGGACUUAACGUGGAUAGGACACUGCCAACGCGGGUUGGGACUGCAAUGGAUCAGAUGAUUCUCUUUUAGAAAGCUCCAGUUUUCAGUUAUAAGGUGGUCCGAUUUUACCCGGAGGUGUUUUUUUAUUUUAUUUUUUAUUUUAUAUAAAUUUAAGACAAGACACCACUCCCUUGAUUCCCCGGUCCGCCUGUUCUGGGUGCAAAUGUCUCCACAUCUCAGACGCGCAGCUGGAUUGUAGCGGCGGCCCCACCGAUGGUUUAAACGGGCGUUAAGGUGCGGGAAGGGAGUGGGACAAAAACAGCCUCCAGGCCUGGCCUUUUGGUAUCUGCCGCUACUGCUGCCCCUGUGAAAUCGCAGCCAGCAUGGGGCCAGCGCUAGAGCUGUGCCUUUACUCGCACAUGCUGGAAGGCUGACAAGAAAAAGUGAGAGAUAAGAGGAUGCGAGGAGCAGUUGAUUAAUGCCUCACGUCAGCGAGGCUUGUCAUUCGAGGAUGAGUGAGCGGUACAUGCAGAUUGGAACCAAAGGGGCUCUUCUUGUUAUGGUACUCGUGAUCGGUGUCUUGGAGCUGUCCAAGUUGACAGACGGAACGAAAGUAACACACCAUGUCCGGACAGGCACCUGCGAGGUGGUGGCGCUGCACCGCUGCUGCAACAAGAACAAAAUCGAGGAGCGAUCACAAACGGUGAAGUGCUCCUGCUUUCCCGGGCAAGUGGCCGGAACCACCAGAGCUGCCCCGUCGUGUGUAGAUGCCUCAAUAGUAGAGCAGAAGUGGUGGUGUCAGAUGCAUCCGUGCCUCGAUGGGGAGGAAUGCAAAGUGCUUCCUGACUUGAAGGGCUGGAGCUGUGCUACAGGGAACAAGAUUAAAACCACCAAGAUUUCGGCUGACAAAGACCAGCUCUGGUAAUGUUAGACGCUCCACUACAAACCCCAGGUGAACCUACCAUUGUGGACUGGUGGAUCAUAAAAGGAGACGAGUAAUACAAAGGGCCUUGCUGUAAAUAGAGACAUCCUUUAUUCUGGACUAGAGAUGAGCUUUUAACAACUCUGAAGGCGUCCUCAUGAACUUGAUGGACAUUGACAUGAAACGUACCGAUCUUUUUUUUUGCUUUUUUAAGGACUCCAUAUGAUUAGCCUUACCGGACAACGUAAUUAAAUCUCUGAUAGCGCACUGCUUGUAGUGGAAUACAGCAAAGAACUUCGUCUAUAUGUUAACUUCAUGAGUAACAUGAUCUUCACAACAGGUCAUACACAACAGUGAUUUCAUUGGGUGACCAACAGAUCUGUGUGUUGUAUGAACAAACACAUGUAUUGGUUGACUGUGGCUUUCUUUUCAGACAAAUUGUAUUUACAAAAGUUGGGAAAGCAAAUAGUUACUCGGAUUUUGAAACAAAUAAAAAGAUUUAUCUAUGUAUAACUUAAUGCUCAACUAGACACACUGGGGACUUGAGUACUGCAGGUCUUCGCCAACCCCAAACAGAUCGAUCACAGAAGUAAAGGAAAUUGAAUCUAUUUACGAUCUAUUUCUUCUUCUUUAAGCCUUUUUUUCCCACCCUGUAUUGCUGCUUUGAAGUUCAGUUGCUUCGGUCAGAUGUGUAUAAAUUACAAACAUUUGGUUUCCAUCUCGUUGAUGACAGUGUUUCCCAACCGUUCCUAACUAGUUACUCAAGUAUGAUUUGCUAAUGACCUUUAAGUGACUAUUGCUAACACUUCUUUAGUCUGUGCAAGUGAUAACAUUAGUAAUAAACUAUGGUUGUGUAGCUAACA